ACGUAUACCAUUCAGGAGGUGCUUGCUGAACAGCGGGUACCUUUAUUAUGCGUCUACCGUGCCAGCGCCGACAGACAGAACUUCAUUGUCAAAAAUAUGAUAACAGGCGAAUACAAGUAUCAACAAGAUCUGCAGAAGCCCUUGGCCUCGUGUCCUAACUUGCGGACCGUGGUUGAUGUCCCUGAGUUGUUUAUCUACCCAUUUUUGGAAACCGAUUUUCUUCAGUUUAGUCAGAAGAACUUGACCGAGGCAACGAGGAGAAGCAUGCUCAAGAGUGCUCUUGUUGGCCUAGCUACCCUUCAUGAGAGAAACAUCAUUCAUACUGCAACAGAUAUAAAACCAAAUAAUAUUCUCUUGGCCUAUGAGCAGACGGAUGGCACAUUCUCUAUCAAGAGGGUCCAGAUAUCGGACCUGGAGGAUGCGGUUGUUCUUCCCCCUGGAAAAUACUUGAGGGAAGCGCUGUGCGGUAACCAGAUGUGGAGGAGCCCUGAGUCCUGGGCCCGAGCAGCCCAAGGGACUCCAUCAGACAUCUUCUCCUUUGGAAUUGUGUGUAUUUACGUGAUGCUGAAUGACAUGGUUCUUCGCGCCAGCGAUGAGGAGUUGGCCGCGAGCGACUCGUGGCGGUACGUUCUUCGACGACAGAUAUCUUUCUUUGGCGAAGAAGAAGGCUUUAAGGGCUUGCUACAAUGGGUCGGCGAGAAGAGCCCAUUCUUCGAACGCCUUGUUAAUAUCGCGGGGAGCUUCGACUCGGCGAAUCCUCGAAAGCCGUUCGAGAGGUGGUAUUUUGUGAACGCGCAGUUCCGUGACCUUGUUUGCAGGAUGACAAAUUUGGAUCCGGCGAGGAGGAUCACAGCGCGCGAGGCACUGGAGCAUCCGUGGUUUGCGCAGAGCGACUGA